AUGGAUCUUAGCUAUGAAAAUGUUUUAGAAACUUUAAAAAAUGCCUCGGGUCCCACCAGAGAUGCCGAACAGAUUUCUGCAGAAAAGCAGCUCAAAACAUGGGAAAUUUGUAAAGGCUACCACUAUUUUCUACAGAAAGCAUAUAGUGAUGUUUCGCAGCCAUUACAGAUGCGAUGGCUUGCAGUUAUAUGCUUGAAAAAUGGUGUGGACAAGUACUGGCGCUCAACAAGGAUGCAUGCAAUUUCACCGGAGGAAAAAGUUGAGAUAAGAAACAAUUUAUUUAAUCAACUGGAUGAAUCCAACAAACAACUCACCAUACAGAAUGCGCACACGGUGGCCCGGAUAUGCCGGCAUGACUUUCCGAUGGAAUGGCCGAAUGUAUUCGAUCAAUUGGUAGAAAUAAUCCAGACAUCUGCAGGGCGUUAUGAUGCAACAUCGAUGGUUCGAACAAAUAAUGCAUUAAUCAUCCUGAAUGAAGUGUUGAAGGCUUUAUCGGCAGUGAGGAUAGGGCGGGCAAGAUCUGCGAUGCAGCAAAAAAUGCCUAUGGUGUUCCCAUAUCUUGUUGCUUGCUACAAUGACUAUUUCAACAAAUGGAUAAAAGAAUACGAUGCAGGAAUAGUGGAGGUCGAUUACAUGUGUCUUAAGUGUCUCUGGAAAGCAGUUGUGAACGGCUUCCAGGAGCCAUACCACGAAGAACUAGUGCGAGAUUUUAUGCAGACCACAUUGAUGCAUUUACAGCUACUCUUGCAGCAGCAUGCAAAAACUCAAUUGGAGCUUCUUGAGCGUUUUCUCCGGUGCUAUCUCAAGAUAUAUCUCGAUUUAUGUGAGUCGGACGUGACGUCAUUUAUGCUCUUCCCAUGUUCCGUUUCAAUUUUGCAGAGUUUGAAAUCGCUGAUUGUUAAGGAGGCAGAUGCUGUUUACCAGUUAGAAGAUGCCGAUGGAUCGGGAUUCUGGGAGCAAAUGGUGGUGAAGGCAUUCUUGAUCUUUAAGAAAGUGGCCGCAUUUGGCCACAAGGGCAACUCAGGGUCUCUUUUGAGAAAGGAGAAUGGGAAAGAAAUUCAGGAUGCCUCGAAAAUAGUGUUGAAUCAGGUGUUCACACCUAAAGCAUUAGCAGAACUUUUGCAGGUGAUGAUCACACAUUAUUUGAGGUUGCGUCCGUGUGACUUGGAGGCUUGGAAUUUGGAGCCCGAACAAUGGGCACUUGAUGAUAUGCAGAGCAGUUGGGAAUAUCAAGCUCGUCCAUGUGCGGAACGCUUUUUUCAGGAUUUAGCAUCAUACUACAAGCCUUUAAUGUCUCAAAUGAUAUUGGAGGCUGUAGGUUCGAUAUUGGGCGAUGCAAAUUCGGAUACUUUGGUUAAAGAUUCAGCAAUGUGCAUCUUUGAGCUAAGUACAGUAGCUGUUUCUGAUAAAUGCAACUUUGAUGAGAUGCUUUCAAACUUCUUCUUGCCCCAGGCCAUGAACACUUCAUCCUCGGACUUGCAAAUUAUUCGCAGGCGGGUAUGCCUGGUGAUCAACGAGUGGGUUUCAGUUCAAUGCUCAAAAGAGACCAGAAACAGCGUCUACAAGUUUUUGGACGAGCUCCUUGACUUUAACCAGGUUGCAAACGAUAAAGUUGUCCGUCUUACUGCAUGCAUUGUGCUCAAACACAUGCUUAGCGACUGGGACUUUCGCAAAAGUGCAUUCAAGCCAUACUUAGAGUCUACAACCUCGCGUUCUCUUACUUUGCUGAAGCAGUUAGAGCUUACCGAAUCGAAAAAAAUCGUUCUCGAGGUAAUUUCGCUUUUGGUGGAGAGAAAUGGCUCGCUUAUCAAUGAUUCAAUAAUUCAGGAGCUUCUUGAAAUGGUUCCGCAACUAUGGCAGGAGUCGGAGAAAACCGGACAGCCAAUUCUUCAGAAUUCUCUCUUGCGUCUUCUCAAAGAACUUACCAACUCCUUAGGACCGAAAUGUGGCCGUGUGCUGCCCUUAGUCUUACCACUGAUACCCGCAUGCUGCUCAGAAAAUGCACAGUAUUACUCUUUACUAUCUGAGGAUGGAUUUGAGCUUUGGUCUUCGUUACUUAAACAGCUUCCAUCGAACAAUCCGACCUCCAUACCCGAGGAGAUAUUUCAUUCUUGGUUUCCGCUAGUUCUUGGGGGGCUUAGGAAUGCCACAGAGAUCCUUCCAUUAAUUUUAAAUAUUACUCGUUCGUACAUGCUGUUCGACCCCUCUUUAUUCACAUCACAGACUGGAUUCAACAUAUUUAAGGUGCUCAGCGAGUACUUGCAGACUAUGCGAGAUGAUUCAUUAUAUAUCACAUCUCAGCUUGUGGAGAUUAUGGCCUUGCAUAUGACGAAAUAUCAGCAAGAGCAGAAUACUCUAGUUCCGGAAUUAGUUCAAAGCGGACUUUUUGGCUCAAUGGUGAAGUUUGUCUUGAGAAAAACCGAGACCCCAAACUGCGAGAUUAAACUCUCAUUUCCUUUACUUAGGCUGGUUAUGCUGGACCCUAAAUCUUUUAUAUUUCAACUCUUGACCACCGUUAUUGGUAACAGUGAAUGUUCUUCUGCAUCCUCGGGCGAAUUUCCUCCCCAGGUUGAACUUGCUCUUUUAUUUAACCGCCUCAUGACGAACUUGGUAUCAAAUCUAAGACUCACAUACGACUCUAAGGCCAGAAAAUUGCUUCUACUGGCGCUUCUCUCUUUUUACGACACGACGUUUUUUACCCAUGCCGUUGAAAGUAAUUCACAAUUCAAAGGCGACACGGAAUACGAAAUUCAGCAUUUGGAUGGUAUUAGUGGAGUAUUUUUUACUCUCACCUUACAUUUUGGAGAGAUAAUGUCAUUGGCCACCAGGUUCUUUGAGGAAAUACACGAAACACCAAGUGGUGAUUGUAAGACAUACCACAGCCAGGGAACGUACGAUGAUGAGGAGUUGGUACCAAUUAGAAAUGAGGUUGAAGAGGAAGAGCAGGAUGGCGAUCCGGAUAAUGAAUAUAUCCGGGAAUUUCGAGUCCCGGACAGCAGUGAAAAGCAAAGAUUUACAGAUUUGGUUCUGGAGGUGGAUCCAAUAUUUAACAUUAACAUGAAGAGCUUUGUGCAGAGCAAAAUGGGGCAGUUGGCCGCUGGAGUUGAUAACUACAACAUACUAUUGAAAUCGUUGAGCAAAGAGACACUGGAUGACCUUCAGCUACAGUAUGAUAAAGCUGGAACGAACUGA